ACGCCUCUGGUGCGAAGCCCCCGAAAGCGAUUUUGACACGUUCCAAAACUCAGUUCCAGUUCAUCUCUUCAUCUUGAACGAGCUUGGCUAGUUAUCUAAAUAAGAUUGGUUGAAAUGAAGACCCUAAACUGCCUCUGUCUCUGCCUCCUGCUGGCCACCUGCGCUUGCAGACGCUCGUCAUACAGUAGCUCACAAGGAUAUUCAAACUCGUCAUACAACAGCUCACAAGAAUAUUCCGGUGGUAAUAGCACAGGAUUUCAGCAAUUUUGUGUAAAGGCCUUUGCGAUCGUUUUACAAACUGUGAUGUACAUCCCCACCAUCAGCACUGGAAACCUUGGCGAUCUUUCACUGCUUUCCGCGAUACCAGGAUUUACCGGAACUGGAGCCGGCGUCCAAACAAUGUCGUUUAUCGGUGGUGGAGCGAAUUUGGGUGCGGAUCCUUUCGGCUUUAAAAUCACCCGGAUUAACGGUACGGAUAAGUUCAAUAUCACCGUCACCAACAUAAAGAGCCCGGGAAAUGACGACGUCAGCUUUGUUAUUCAGGACCCGAGCAUAACCUUUUGCAGCCUCCUGGCCAAGUUAGGAAUAUUCAAAGACACGAGUUUUAAGUAUGGGCGCGCCUUGCAAGUCCUUUACCUCACGAGAGACCUCAUUGCUGCGGUAAUUAAUAAUACUACCGGAUCGAGUUUAAUGGCCACUCCUAUAUUAUUGAGCUUGCUCCCAUUACUAGGUUGAGCUAAUGAGUAUUCUUUGAUGCAAACCUUCAGGAUGAUUAUUGUUUGAAAUAAAUUUAUAAUUUUGUUUCUAUUUAUAAGUAAAUGAAAAUACAAUAAAUGAACGAUACAAUGAAAUAAAAA